CUUACACCGCAGUAUCUUUUUCUCUCACACAAGCAAAACAAGAAGUUGAUUGUCGUGUUAGAAAAAAAGAAAAAUAACAAAAAAGGAAAAAAAACUCUUGAAAUGAUGCAACGUCUAUGUCGUUUCCUCAACCAUUUAUCACCCAAAAACCUAUUCAAACACUAUUUCCCCAAAAACACAAAUUAGGGCUUCCAACAUCCUCGAUUUAGCAUCAUGGAAUCUUCGAAUUCCAAUUCAUCUCCGUACGAACUUCUCUACAAAGCAGCAUUACUCAUACCCAUUUCACAUUAUCUCUACGCUGUUUUAUUUAUUUUCUUCAUUUUUCUUUAUAAUUUUCUGGAGAUCCAUUUCUUCCAAGAUUUGUUACAUGGAUUUAGAGGGGACUCGAUUUCUUUGACCUAUAAUUCCUGCUCUGAGAUUUACGAGGGUGUUGCUUCUAAGUGCCAGACUCUUCAUGGAAGGUAUUUAGUGACGCCUUGGCUUUCUAGUCCGCAUAUACAGACUGCUUUUCUCAACUUCUUUGGGAGGCCUCCUGUUUUCAGCUACAAGAGGCAAAUAUUUCUUACACCUGAUGGUGGAACAAUUGCUCUGGAUUGGUUGAUGUCAUCUGCUGUAUCAGGAGGGGCUUCUCACACUAAUAAUGUUCCUUUGAAGGAUGACACCACUCCUAUUGUGGUAGUAGUCCCUGGCUUAACAAGUGAUUCCCAUUCUGCUUAUAUAAAGCAUAUAGUCUUCAAGAUUGCGAAAAGUGGCUGGAAUGUUGUUGUCAGCAACCAUAGGGGACUUGGUGGAAUCUCAAUAACUUCUGAUUGUUUUUACAACGCUGGAUGGACGGAUGAUCUACGGAGAGUUGUUGACCAUCUUCAUCAAGAGUAUCCUCAGGCUACUCUAUUUGCUGUUGGAACAAGCAUCGGCGCCAAUGUUCUGGUUAAAUAUCUUGGAGAGGAUGGAGAUAAUACUUAUUUUGCUGGGGCUGUAGCUAUUUGCUCUCCAUGGGACCUCUUGAUUGGUGACAGGUUCAUAACACGCAAACUUGUGCAAAGACUCUAUGACCGAGUUCUGACAAUUGGGCUUCAAGGUUAUGCAAAACUACACCAGACCAUGUACUCACGGCUUGCUGAUUGGGAAGGCAUUCAAAAGUCACGAAGAGUUCGGGAUUUUGAUAACUACGCCACUUGCCUAACUGGACCAUUUGAGACUGUGGACACAUAUUACCGACGUAGUAGUAGUUCCACAUUUGUGGGAAAUGUAUCAGUGCCACUCCUGUGCAUCAGUGCUUUAGAUGAUCCAGUCUGUACAAGGGAAGCCAUUCCCUGGGAUGAAUGCAGGGCAAACAAAAAUAUUGUCUUUGCUGCAACACGAUGUGGAGGGCAUCUCGCAUUUUUUGAGGGAAUAACUGCAAAUCGCCUAUGGUGGGUAAAGGCUGUCGAUGAAUUCCUAAGUGUCCUAUAUACAAGCCCUUAUAUGCAUAGACGAAAGAAGGUACAGAACCCUAUUCAGCAUUCUCCAACGGAAACUUCAAUUGAUCAGGGACCAUACGUGACUAUUACAGAAGAGGGGAUGGUUUCUGCAGUGGGCAAUGAACCAACUAGUCCAAUUGUUAAUGAGUCUGACAAUCAGGUGACUGCUGAAAGAGAAACAAGGAAGAUAGUUGUAAAUACACAUGAAAGUGACCGAGAAGAUGAAACGAAAGCAGAUCCAAUAUGUGAAACUUCAGAACCCUGCAAACAAGAAAUACCUUCCAAUCAUGACGCCAAACUCCUUGAUAUAUCUGCUCCUCUGAAGAGAUGCAUUCAACAACUCUCUCGACGGAGUAAAACAUCAAUGUGGUUACUUGCUUAUAUUGCUGUUAUGACGACUUGGCCCAUGUUGGGUCCAGCUAUCUUUUUACUCUUCAAAAGGAAGCUUAAAAAUGUGUUACCUUCAGCAUGGCUCAAGAAGUAAUUUUAGAAUUCUUGUGUCCCCAUGUUGGGUAAAUCUGUGUCGGUAAAUGCGAGAUGCACAUAUAAUGUUUACAUAGAAGACGAAUUAUGUACUAGAUAAUAAAUGUCAGCUACAAAAGCAAACGAAAGAUAUGUUGUAAAAUUGCAAAUAUCAGUACCUAUAAGGCACAAAACUAUCUUUUGACAUGUUUUCUUCGUAAUUAGAUGUACACAAGUUGUUCUU